CUUGAUGAACCCAAGCCACAGCCCUGGCUACCUCUAGAGUUCACACAGCUGCCCGGGGCUACUCUAGGACUGACUGCGCUAGACCCGAGUGCACCAAACAUGCAUCUUGCCGACUGCCUGCUUCUCCUUCUGGCCGGGCUGCUGGCUCUUUCUCAGGGUCAGCUGCACUCUGAGCACCAGGGUCACAGCCACCACCCCCAUCAGGAGGCCCCUGGCACUGGCAAGGGCUCCCUCAGCCUCAGGAUCUCCCCAGGCAAUACUGUCUUUGCCCUCCACUUCUACCAUCUGAUGGUUUCUCAAACCCCUGGGAGCAACAUCUUCUUCUCUCCGCUGAGUAUCUCUGCUGCCUACGCCAUGCUGUCCCUGGGGGCUGGCUCGCUCAGCAGGACCCAGAUCCUCGAGGGUCUGGGCUUCAACCUCACAGAGGUGUCACAGCCUGACACCCACCAGGGCUUCCAGAACCUCCUGCACACUCUCCACCUCCCAGACGACAGGCUGGAGAUACACAUGGGAAACGCCCUGUUUCUGAGCCCCGAGGUGCUGCUCCUCCCAUGAUUCCUUAAUGACUCUGAGAGGUUCUACGAGUCCAAACUUUUACACGCCAACUUCAAAACCUGCGGGCACAGCUCAGCUCAUCAACAACCACGUCAAGGAGGAAACUCAGGGGAAGAUUGUGGAUUUGGUCAGUGGGCUCAGCCCAGAUACCACGAUGGUGCUGGUGAAUUAUAUUUACUUCAAAGAAUCUUCCUGAGCCCCGCCCUCCACCCCUUCCCCAGGCAGGUUUUGAACCUGAUGGGGUAGUGAGGUGGGAGUCUGGAGCGACUGCUGGGAACCCACAGCCCGGCUGGAGGAUCGGCUUGUUGGUCCACGGAUGUGCCUUCUUCCCUUCUUCCCCCCAGCUCUGUGGGAGAAACCCUUCAACCCCUCAAUGACCAUCCCCCAAGACUUCUACGUUGACGAGGUGACGACUGUCAAGGUGCCUAUGAUGAUGCAGGGCCCCCAGCACCAUUGGUACCUUCAUGACCGACACUUUCCCUGCACCGUACUGCGGAUGGAUUACAAAGGAGAUGCAACAGCCCUCUUCAUCCUUCCUAACUGAGGGAAAAUGGAUGAGGUGGAAGAGGUUUUGACCCCAGAGAUGCUUACGAGGUGGAGAAACUUGCUCCAGAACAGGUAUUUUUACAAGAAGAUCAAGCUGUAUAUCCCCAAGUUCAUCAUUUCUGGCUCCUAUGAAUUAGAUCAAAUUUUGCCCAAGCUGGGCAUCAUAGACCUGUUCUCCCAGAGGGCUGACUUCUCCGGCAUCACAGAACAGCUAAACCUGCAGGUGUCCAAGAGUUUCCACAAGGCCAUCCUGGAAGUGGAUGAAGUUGGUACCCAGGCUUCGGCAGCCACUGGCAGUUUUUUCACCUUUUUGUCUCGGGACAAUCAGCAAGCCCUUUGGUUUAACCGGCCCUUUCUGGUGGCCAUCUUUUCUACCAGCACCCAGAGCAUCCUCUUUCUGGGAAAGGUUGUCAACCCCAAGAAACUGUAGCCCUCGGAGGGCUGGCUCGUCCCUUACCAGCAGGAGGACCUGGCCUGAAGGCGGGUGUGAGCUGCUCUGGGUUUGCCACAGGAGAUGCAGAAGAUGCGGAGGGUCUGGGGGUGGGUGGAAGUUGUUGGCGAGGGUGAGGGAUGUGGGUGGUACCAGAUGGGUGUGGACCGGAUUCGUCCCUUCCCCCAGGGGCUGGGCCGCCUCAUCUAACCUCUCUGAACUGGUUUUCUCCCGGGAAGUGGGAGACUCCCUUCCCCCACCAGGAUAGUUAAGUGGAUUAAACAAAAUGAUGGCUCUGAGGACCCUGGCUCUGGUCCUUGCUUAUAAUAGAUACUCAAUAAAUGCAUCCUUUUCCUCUC